AUGGCUAUGACUUGUCCAAGAGAAGUGCAGCAGGGUAGGACGCUGCGGAGGUCAAGAUUCGGCUGCCGAAAUUGCAAGCUCCGAAAACUUAAGUGCGAUGAAGGCAAACCACAGUGCCAGAGAUGCCGUUCAUUUGGAGUAUUAUGCAACUUCAUGUCCAACAUUCCCGACCUCCAGCCCGCCGCGGCUGACACAGAGCGGCCAAUGCCCCCGCUCACAAAUGCUGUCUGGACAUCCGACGCAUCGACGACUUAUCAAUUGAAUGCAAAGUGUCAAGACUUUAUAACCCGGUAUCUUGGCCGAAGUCUCAUUACACCGGAUGACCCUAACAUGAUACACGUUAAUCGCAAGCUCCUGAAGCUUGCGUUCAAUUACCCUUUCUUAAUGCACGCCUCUAUAGCUGUAGCACUCGCUUACGACCGCCAUCUAAAUGGCCCCUUGGACAAUCGUCGCACUCUAGAAGAAUGUUACCACUGGUCUCAGAGCACGAUUCUCUUCAACAAGCGGGUACGGCAACCGAUCACAGCGCAAGACAAAGAUCCAAUCUGGGGUACUGCCGCUGCUCUGGUAAUAUUAACCUUUUCACCCCCCGAUGCAUGCACACCGGAACAGUCGUGGCCUCUACAGUCCUCCUCCUCCGACUUGGACUGGCUGCGUAUGAGCAAGGGUAAAAUGUCAUUAUGGCACAUGGUUAAUCCGCUACGAUCGGACAGCUUGUUCAGCGUCAUGGCUGCGACUUUUGCUCAUAUGCAUUCACCAUUGCCGGAGCGAGGUAUAGAUGGUAUACCUUGGGAUUUGGCGACAGUGUGUAACCUCAACAAGUCAUCUACGGCGGAAAGCAAUACGUAUUUCCAAGCGGCACAUGCCUUAUCCCAGAUUUUAGAUCUGCCGGAUAGUGAGGUCCAAAUCGGUCACGCUCAACUCUUCAUACGGAGUAUUCAUGGCUCCUUUGAGACCUUGCUUCGGGAAAGGGACCCUAUAGCGUUGUUGUUGCUCUAUCUAUGGUACCGCAAGGCAAGUCGCAGUAUAUGGUGGAUUGGACUUAGGGCUAGAGUAGAAUGUCCGUCGAUUUGCAGGUAUCUGCAACUAUAUCAUGUGAAUAAUGGUGCUGUACAGGCAUUCCUCCCUGGAGGAUCUCUUGCCGAUAGUUGGAACUAA